UUGAAUUGGAAAAUAAGAAGGCAUGAGAAAUUUCUAAUUCAAAUAUAUAAACAAUAUAAAGUUAGUUUAUCAUGAACCGCCAAAAAAGUGGAAUUAUUCUCCUUGUUUUCUUUGGUUUGUUAGCUCAAGGAGGGUGCAAAAAAUAUCUAGUUGAAAUGUCUAAUAAAAAGUAUCUAAUUGAAACCAUGGAUGGAGAUCUUCCCAUCGUACCAGAGAGUUCAUACAUGCCCAUACCCGUACCAGAGAAUUCUGAUGUAGCUGUUGUAUCGGAGGGUUUAGAUGAUCCCCUUGAACCAGAGGUUUCAUAUGUACCUAUUGUACCAGAGGAUUCUGAUGCAACUGUUGUACCGGAGGGUGUUAAUGUACCACUUGAACCUGAUGGUUCAAAUUUAACGGUUAUACCAGAGGUUUCUGAUGUAACUGUUGUACCGGAGAGUUCAUAUGUACCCAUUGUACCUGAGGACUCUAAUGUAACUGUUGUGCCUGAGGGUUUGAAUGUACCAAUCCAAUCAGAGGAUUAUUUGGAUGUAUUCAGUGUACCAGAGAAUUCUGAUGUACCUAUUGUACCAUUGGGUUCAGAUGUAACUGAUAUAUCGGAGGUUUCAGUAUCAGAGAAUUCUGGUCCACCAGUUCCACCAGUUCCACCACCUGGUUCCAAUCUCCCUACCGAAGCUCUAUCAGGAAAUGACUACUUGGACCAAUUACCCCGCCAGGACCCUGGGACAUUCCCCAAAUUUGUAAAUGGUCAAUGGACGUUCACAACUAAGUUCCCAGACAGCUAUUAUAAUUAAUUAGGAACAAAAUGUAUGAAAUAAACAACUUAAUAUUU